UGUUACUGGUUUGUUGAAAAUGGAUGGAAAGAAAACUGGGUGCUUACCAUCACUUUUGCAAAAUCAUGUUAUAAAUUUUUCCAUCCAUUUCCCCAUUCCAAAUGCACCCUAAAGGUCACUGCUUUUUCCACUAACUCUUCUUAAUGUUUGAUUUGUGCUGAAAUAGUGUUUUUUUAAUGCAGAAUUGUUACAAAAUUUGUAGGAUUUUUCUUUUGAAGGAGUAUUACAUCUUCCUUGGGGAAUCCUACAUACUGCUAACGUUUGGUAGAACUUGUGUUAUUGAUAGCAUGGGGAAAAAAUAAAGAAAAAUCUCCCGCUGAUGUCCCCUUAGUUAACCAUAGAAAAAUUCCACAUGAUCAAAGAAAAUUAUGGAUUCUGAAUGAUGAUUUGGGUAUAAUGAAAGACUAUCUUAGUCUCUUGGAUUGGAUUCGUGAGUGGGGUUGCAAGGAAGAGUAUGAUUUUAGGGGAAUUAGAUCUCUUCUAUGUAAGGGGGAUGUGUAUCCCUUAAUUGAAGUUUCAAUAUCUACCCCCAGAAUUCUUGAAAAAAAGUUUCUUAUUUUCAAAUCAUCCUUGUUUAUCCUUGCAUUUCAUUCUGCUAGAUAUGGAUGGUUGGUGUUUGACGAUUCAGAAUUUGAAUUUGUUUUUUUUUUUGAGAAAUUCGGAAGAUUGGAAAGGCCGGCAAAAUAUUUGACAGAAGCAUGAAAAGAGGUUGGGCUGGUGUCAUGAUUGAUGCCCGGCAAAGGAUGGAAACAAAUGUAUCAAAAGAUGCAGCAGAAGGGUGUGAGGUCUUUAUGGUUCACUUGUGUGAGGCAAGUCAUCUCGGAUUAGUGCAACUGACGAUCGCUAAAACCUUAACCCCUAUCCCUAAGGAUGUUUCGACUGAUGACAACAAAUGAAGAGUUGAGUAUCCGAGUAGGAAGUGGAGACUUUGUUGAUAUUCUCGGUGACUUAGCUGCUUUUAUGAUAGAUUUGACCAAGUCAGUUGAUUGUCAUCGCACAACUAUGCAUUGUAUUAGAAAGUUCAAGCAAUUAUCCAAGACUUGGUACGAAUAUAGUCUUUCUGGUGGGGAGUUGUUUGAGUUAGAUGUUGAUAUUGCAAAUUCGUGUGCUAUUCGAACAGUUACAUGUUCAAGCAAGAUAAAAGGACAUUACUGCUAACAUUUUGUGGAACUGUUCGAACACCACACGAAUUUGCAAUGUCAACAUCUAACUCAAAGAGCUCUCUACUAGAAAGACUAUAUUCGUACCAAGUCUUGAACAAUUGCUUGAACUUUCUAAUGCAAUGCACAGUUGCGCGAUGGCAAUCAACCGACUUGGUCAAAUCUAUCAUAAAAGGGGCUAAGUCACCAAGAAUAUCAACAGAGUUCCUGCUCGGAUCCUCAACUCUUCAUUGUUGUCAUCACAUCCUGAGGGAUAGGGGUUAAGGUCUUAUCGAUCGUUAGUUGCACUAAUCUGAGAAGACUUGCCUUGCACAAGUGAAGCAUAAAGACCUCACGCCCUUCUGCUACAUUUUCUGAUAUUCCAUCCUUUUUCAGGGCGUCAAUCAUGGCACCAUGUCCAACCUCUUUCCAUUCUUCUGUCAAAUACUUCGCCGGCCUUUCCAAUUUUUCGAAUUUCUUAGAAAAAAACAAUUUCAAAUUCUGAAUCGUCAAACACUAACCAUCCAUAUCUAGCAGAAUGAAAUGCGAGAAUAUACAAGGAUGAUCUUGAAAUAAGAAAGUUUUUUUUCAAGAAUUCCGGGUGUAGAUAUUGAAACUUUAAUUAAGGGAUACACAUCCCCCCUUACAUCGAAGAGAUCUAUUUACCCUAAAAUCAAACUCUUCCUUGCAACCCCACUCACGAAUCUAAUCAAAGAGACUAAGAUAGUCUUUCAUUAUACCCAAAUCAUCAUUCAGAAUCCAUAAUUUUCUUUGAUCAUGUGGAGUUUCGCUAUAGUUAACUAAGGAGACAUCGGCGGGAGAUUUUUCUUUAUUUUUAUUCCCCAUACUUCUUUGUUAUUCAUUACUUAUAGUAAUGUCCUUUUAUCUUACUUAUUUCAUUGCUUGAACAAAGGUUAGUAAAUGAGUUAUGUUAUUUGUUAUUACAUCAAUAUUGUUAUUCAUUACUUAUAGGACUUUUUUUAGCACACAAGGUUGUGAAUAAAUUUUGACACAUAGAGUUUCAUGUCUUUGCAUUUUAGGAGGCGGGUACUUCUGUAUCUUCCAAGGAGUGUGACGAACCUCCACAAAAACGAAUCUGUUUGGAAGGUAGGUUUGAGUUGUCAUUGUAGUCCUUUGGACAUAUAUCCGACGCCAGGUGGGCAUGGCGCUGGUGGAAGAUAAGUUGCGGGAAGCGAGGUUGAGAUGGUUUGGUCAUGUGAGACGGCGGGAUGCUGACGCCCCUGUACGAAGAUGCGACAGGAUCACGGUUAUCGGGGAAAGUAGGGGAAGGGGUAGAUCUAAGAAGAAUUGGAGGGAGGUGAUUAGGCAAGAUUUAGGAAUUCUCACCCUGACUGAGGAUAUGGCCUUAGAUAGGAACCUUUGGAGAACUAGGAUUAGAGUAGCUGGAUAGGAGCUCGGUGUUGUAGAGGUUGUUUGUAGUAUGUUGUGUUUGUUUGAAAUCUUUUGCUAUUGCUUUUACUUGUUGCUUGUACUGGGCUCUUUACCCGUGUUAUACUAUGUUUCCUUCCAUAUUUUUGUGCAGGUUGAGCCGGGGGUCUCUUGGAAACAGCCUCCCUACUCCCGAGUAGGGGCAAGGUCUGCGUACACACACCCUCCCCAGACCCUACUGUAGUGGGAUUCAACUGGGUUGUUGUUGUUGUAGUAUAUGUUGUUGAGCUUUACUUUUUGAAUUGAACAGGGACAAGCAAGAAGAUAGGUGGUGGCUAAGGAGUAAAAUGAGCUUACUUACCAGGACCCCAUCGGCCAUCACUAAGAUCAUUGCAAAAGCACUACUAUUUCUUCCUUCAUUGUUGCAUGAACCGUCUCUUCUUUGACGUUGUUCUAUGUUCGAGCCCUUGCACUUGGUUGGUCUACAAAUUGGGUUACCACUAAAGGACUUUGCCGCAUUUCAAAAAGUGAGGGGAAUGUAGAUGGACUCAGAAAAAUUGGGGAGUGGUGUCAACACUAUUUAAUCGCACGAUCCUAGCCUAUAUACGAGGACGUGCUUCUUAUGAUAUGACAUAUUAGAACUCGUGAACAGUUAGAUUUGCUAUCAUGAAAACAUUUUUAAUCUGAGACGAAAACUCAAAAUGGCUAAUGCCUUAAGACAACAGAGGAACUUCCAUUCUCUCUCUCUCACGUUUCAAACGUAAAGGAGCAAAUAGAUAUUGUUUAUUAAA